AUGCACGCCGCAACACUGCUCGCCCUCCUCCCCCUCGCGGCCGUCGCCGCCCCCUCCAGACGCGCCCAGCCCGCCCCCCUCAUCAAGCCGCGCGGCGCGACCCUCGUCGCGGACAAGUACAUCGUUCGGCUUAAGAACGAGGCCAAGACGGGUGCUCUGCAGAGCGUCAUGAGCGCCUUCUCGGCCGAUGCUGACCACGUCUACAACUUUGGCAAUGCCCUCCGCGGGUUCUCAUCGACCCUCAACGCCACUGAGAUCGAGAAGCUGCAGAAUGAUCCUGAUGUCGACUUCAUUGAGCAGGAUGCCAUCGUCACAAUCAAGGCUACGCAGAGAAAUGCUCCUUGGGGCCUUGCAAGGUUGUCGAGCCCGAAGCCUGGGUCUACCACGUACAGCUAUGAUGAGAGCGCGGGAGAGGGCACUUGUGCGUACAUCAUCGACACCGGCAUCGAUGUCGAGCACCCUGACUUUGAAGGCCGUGCCACCUUCCUCGCCAACUACGCCGACAACUCCGACACAGACGGUCAGGGCCACGGCACCCACGUCGCCGGCACUAUCGGCUCCGCGACCUAUGGCGUAGCCAAGAAGACCAAGCUCUUCGCCGUCAAGGUCCUCGACUCCAACGGCGAGGGCACCAACUCGGCUGUCAUCGCCGGCAUGGACUUUGUUACGUCCGACGCCGCGGGCCAGGAGGGGUGCGCCAAGGGCGUCGUCGUCAACAUGUCACUCGGCGGGCAGACCUCGACGGCUGUGAACCAGGCGGCCGCGGCCAUUGUCAAGGCAGGUCACUUCUUGGCCGUCGCGGCGGGCAAUGAGGCUGCCGACGCAUCGACGUCGUCGCCCGCGAGCGAGAAGAGCGUGUGUACCGUUGGUGCGACAGAGAGCGAUGACUCGUUGGCGGAAUACUCCAACUUUGGGGCCGCCGUUGAUAUCCUUGCCCCGGGUUCUCAGAUCAAGAGCACCUGGCCUGGUGGCAGCACUAACACCAUCUCUGGCACUUCCAUGGCCAGCCCCCACAUCGCCGGCCUUGCCGCCUACCUUCUCGGUCUUGGCUCCGCACCCUCGGACCCCGUUGAGCUGUGCAGCUACAUCGCUGAGACGGCCCUUGAUGGCGUUGUCGGCCAGGUCCCCCGCAGCACCGUCAACAAGCUCGCCAACAACGGCUUCGCUGGGAAUGGCACCGCCAAGGCCGCGGAUGGUUCUGUUGUCGGCAGGCAGCUGAACAAGGAGUUCUCCAUUCGUACCUGA